GUGCGUCUGCAGCAGCUGCAGCUCGUGCGUCUCUGCAGUUCACUGCGUCUUCCGUCAGGAACAUGGAGAAGGAUCAUUGCAGCUGCAUGUCUGUCAGCUGUUAAACCCUUAAAGUCAAAUGAAGACGAACUGACAGAUGGGGGGGUUACAGCGCCACAUCAUGAAACUUGGACAGCGGCGGUGAGGCUCAGAGCGAACGUCCUCCUCAUCUCGCUGCGUUCUGGUCGACCUUCAGGAGGGUGACCCUCGUGUUGGUGGAACACACACUGAGCGUGUUCCACGUGUGUCAGACUCACAUCAAUAAUGGAGAACAUCUUCCAAACAGCGUCCUGACAGGCCUCUCCUGCUCAUUGGAUAACAGUCAUUAAAAUUUAGCGUGUGGCGCUGCCUGCAGGAGGUGUCGGGUUCCUGCGGUGGAUGAAUGUUUCAGUCUUCCACCUGCAGGCCCCUGCAGCUGAGGGCAGAAUGGCUCUCAGGACGGCCGUCCUCGCUCUGCUGCUGCUGGUUUUCAGAGCCUCUUCUAAAAAAGGGGUCAAAUGUGGAGGCAUCCUCUCUGCUUCCUCUGGGAACAUCUCCAGCCCAAACUUCCCCGGCUUGUAUCCCUACAACCUGCACUGCUCCUGGCUGAUGGUGGUCCCGGAGGGCUCCUCCGUCCUGCUCAGCUUCCACCACUUUGAGCUGGAGCACCACGACAGCUGCGCCUACGACUACGUCAAGAUCUACAACGGCGUGUCCGAGGACGAGGGGAACCUCCUGGGGAAGUUCUGUGGAGACGCGCCCCCGCCCAGGUUCACCUCCUCCUGGAACGUCAUGUCCCUGAUCUUCCACUCGGACCGCCACGUGGCCUUCAGGGGCUUCAGUGCAGGCUACAGUAAAGACAUGUGUGGGGGGGUUCUGACCGGACUGUCGGGGGUCAUCUCCAGCCCCGGUUACCCUCAGGAGUACAGCAACAACGCCGACUGCUCCUGGACCGUCCAGGUGUCCAACGCCAGCGUGGUCACCUUCGUCUUCCUGGACUUCCAGCUGGAGAACAACGAGGGCUGUAAUUUUGAUUUUGUUUCCCUGUUUGACGGAUCCACGCUGUCACACCAGCACCUGGGCAAGUUCUGUGGGGGAGAAAAACCCCCCAACGUCAUCACCACGUCCAACCAGCUUCUGGUGGUGUUCAAGUCCGACUUCAACAUUGGAGGGCGGGGCUUCAAGGCUUACUAUUACUCAGGUGAAUGUCAGCAGGUGCUGUCAGCGAUUAGCGGUAACUUCAGCAGCCCACAUUACCCCCACAUCUACCCCAACAACAUCAACUGCCACUGGAGCAUCUCCCUGGCCGCCGGCUACCGGAUCAAACUCUUCUUCCCGGUGAUGGACCUGGAGGACCGCAACCGUCUGUCCGACCAGUGCGACUACGACUCUGUGGCGGUUCACGAUGGCAACAGCGAGGCCGACGCCCUGCUGGGCCGCUGGUGCGGCCGGGAGCAACCCCCCUUCAUCCUCUCCAAGGGGAACAAGCUGCUAGUGGUGCUCAGCACAGACCGGACCGAAGCUCACAGAGGCUUCAGCGCCUCCUACCUCGGAGUGGUCCCUGUGAACGUGAGCUGCACGCGCUCAGAGUUCACCAUCCUGAUCCCGCAGCAGUCCUUACCCCAGCUGGACCGGGAGAGCAUCUACCUGGGGAACCCCAGCUGCACGGCUCAGCUCACCUCCACCUCCUACAAGAUCCUGGCGCAGUUCGUCAACUGUGGAACGGCCAGCCAGAAACACCGGAACAUCACCAUGCUGGUCAACAAGCUCUACAUCGACUUCUCCGACGGGAAGCAGCAGAGCGUGCAGGAAUACAAGGUGCAGUGUGACGCGCAGCGGAAGGUGGCGUCCGUGUCCAUCAUCUCCGCAGAGGAGCGGCGUCUAGAGGAGCAGGCUCUGCAGACCGCCAGCCACAGCCCUGGCUACGCCGCGCUCCCCGAGGCGGAGCCUCACGACCUGAGCGACAUCGUCUUCAUCAGCAUCUGCGUCCUGGCCGUCAUUCUGAUGGUCAUCGCCAUCGUCUGGCUGGUGCUGCUGUAGCUCACAGGCUGAAGGUCCUCUUUAGAAAACUGCUGUUUGACACAAAUGUGAAGAAACUGGAGGAGCUGUAGCUGUGACAAACACGUCAUGGACCCUUUAUCACGUUUUAAACCAAAAAAAUUCCAAUAAAAACCAUCAGAUUAAA